UUAUUGAUUCGGCCCACUGUCUACCAAUUGGUGGCCCCCAAACUGUUCAGGCCAUUUCACACUACCGCAAAAACUGUUGUGUGUGUGUUUUGGUUGGGUAAGUAGCAUGUGUAUAUCACGACUUGUUGCCAUGCCAAAGGUACACGGACAGCCCAUAACUGAGUCACUCAGAGUUCGCUGCUGCAAGUGCAAUUUUUAACUUUCAUUUUUGGAGUAGUUAGCAUAUUCUUCGUGUCAUCCUCGGAAAUUAAUGUUUUGGGUUGGAGUAGGCCGCAUUCCACCCCACACGCUGACAUCCUCUUCCAGCGCCCACAUUACCAAAAGAAAGAAAACUCCACCCAGGGACAAUUUCUUUUUUAUAUUUCGGUGUUUUUGAUGUUCUUGCACUAUUUAGAAAACAUGACGCAAUACUCGAGUAGCAGAUAUAUUUUAAAUAUGAAUGGAUGGGUUUGAUGAUGUGAGCAUGAAUAUAUGGUGCGAAUAACAGGGAGAAAAAAACAACGGGAUGAGGACAGGUAGCUCAAUAAACAAGUUCUUUACUCUCCAUUAUUAACAAAUAGUCAAUGAUUUAAGAUACUUACAAACUCUUCUAGAAAGUUGCAUCAAGACACAUGUCAGUCUCUAUUUAUGCCUUUUCCAGUUAAAAAGUGUGAGAGGUUAAUGAUCAGCCCCCUUAGCUAUUUAACAGGAUCCCGUCAGACCGCAAGUACUGGGUGCGUGAAUGUGCACGCAACUGAGGAUCCCAUGGAAACCGUGCUGCAGCAGCUGGCGCGUGGGAAUGCUCUUUUUCUCAUCUUAAUUUUGGGAAUCGGAGGAAGCUUUCAGUCAGGAUACCACAUCACCUCCCUGAGUUCUCCCUCUCCGUUCAUCCAGCACUUCAUCAACAGCACCUGGUAUGAGAGAUACGCGGCGCCGCCGCCACGACACACCGUCACCAUCAUUUGGUCCCUCAUCGUGUCCAUGUACGCCGUGGGGGGCCUCUUUGGUGCGGUCAGUGUCAAGUGCUUCUUGAGCCUGCUGGGAAGAAAAAAAGCGGUCAUCUGUAACAGCUUCAUCGCCAUCGCUGCGGCCACGAUCAUGCUGACAAGUAAAUGGGCCAAGUCGUACGAAAUGAUCAUCGUGGCGAGAGUACUGUUUGGCUACUCGGCAGCUCUGGGAAUGAGCACCCAUCUGAUGUACCUGAGCGAGAUGUCACCCAGAAAGCUAAGAGGCACUGUCACCAUGUCCUCAGCGACCUUUGCUUCCAUUGGCAAAUUGUCUGCUCAGUUUUUUGGCCUCAGCGAGAUCCUGGGCCGCCAAGAGCUGUGGAACGUGGUCCUUUGUGCGCCCGCGUGUCUCUCGGUGGUCCAAGUGAUGGUGCUGCCUUAUCUUCCCGAAGCGCCCAGAUAUCUGUUCAUCGAGAAACGAGAUGACAAAGCCUGCCAAAAGGCUCUGCAGAGUCUCUGGGGCCAAGGCGACUUCAAGCAGGAAAUGGAGGAAAUGUUGACAGAGCAGGCAACUAUGGAAGCGGCCCCAACAAAAAGUCCGCUGCUCCUCCUUCGGGACCAAACAGUCCGAUGGCAGCUCAUCACCAUGUCCACCAUUUACUGCUGCAACCAGUUAUCAGGCAUGUCCAUGAUCAGCACUUUUGCUUUUGACAUCUUUCAGCGAGCGGGGAUCCCGGCAGAUCGCAUCCGCUACAUCACGAUAGGGCUCGGCAUAAGUGAAAUCAUCACCUCCAUAUCUUGUGGUUUGUUGAUUGAGCGCGCGGGGAGGAGGCCACUGUUCUGGGCCGGCUAUGGCGUCAUGUCUGCGUGCUGGCUUUCGGUUACGGUGGUGCUCAACCUGAAGGGUUCUGUCUCAUGGGCUCCAUACCUUACUGCUGUUUUGAUCAUCCUCUUCAUCGUCUUCUUCUGCGGAGGCCCUGGGGGAGCAGCGGGCACUCUCAACAGCGAGAUCUUCAUUCAGUCCAAUCGGGUGUCUGCGUUUGUCCUCUUCGGGGUUCAGCGUUGGUUCGUAUUAGCCGUGCUGGGCUUGGCCUUUCCCAUACUGAUUGAUGCGUUGGACUCGUACUGCUUUGUGAUUUUUGCCUGCAUGAGCCUGCUGGGUUGCGUUUAUGUCUUCUUCUUCCUGCCCGAGACAAAAGGGAAGACGCUGCUGGAGAUCUCGGACCAGUUUAAAGCCAUCACCGUCUGCGGGAAGUCUUUUCCCAAAGAGAGACGGCUGGAGACUAAGUUGUAGGAUGCACUGCUACUGCUGCGGCAGUGUGAACGUACUGUGGAUGAACAGUGGGGCCACACUGUGUGACUGUGUGGAAUGUCGUGCGAGUGUAUUAGCUAAUAAAGGAAAACACGCAACAGUGAA